AUGGCGGCCGCGAACGCUCCCAUCGCCAUGAAGGAGGUGUUAACUUUGCCGAGCAUUGGCAUUAAUCCUCAAUUUAUCACUUUCACGAACGUAACUAUGGAAUCUGAUAAAUAUAUCUGUGUGAGGGAAACGGCGCCACAAAAUAGUGUUGUGAUCAUAGACAUGAACAUGCCGAUGCAGCCGUUGAGACGGCCUAUUACAGCAGACUCCGCUCUUAUGAAUCCGAAUUCUAGAAUCCUUGCUUUGAAAGCUCAACUACCUGGAACAACUCAAGAUCACUUGCAAAUAUUUAACAUAGAGAUGAAAGCAAAAAUGAAAUCACAUCAGAUGCCUGAACAGGUUGUAUUUUGGAAAUGGAUUAGCCCAAAAAUGCUUGGCCUGGUCACUCAGACUUCCGUGUAUCAUUGGUCAAUUGAAGGUGAUUCCGAACCAACUAAGAUGUUUGAGAGAACAGCUAAUUUAGUGAACAAUCAGAUAAUAAACUAUAAAUGUGACCCUUCAGAGAAGUGGUUGGUUUUGAUUGGAAUUGCCCCUGGUUCACCUGAGAGGCCACAAUUGGUUAAGGGGAACAUGCAGCUUUUUUCUAUUGAUCAGCAGCGUAGUCAAGCUCUGGAAGCUCAUGCUGCUUCAUUUGCUCAAUUUAAGGUUCCAGGAAAUGAGAAUCCUUCUACUCUUAUUUCCUUUGCCACCAAGACUUUUAAUGCUGGCCAGAUUACAUCAAAGCUGCAUGUGAUUGAGCUCGGUGCUCAGCCAGGUAAGCCAUCGUUUUCAAAGAAACAGGCAGAUCUAUUCUUUCCACCAGAUUUUCAAGAUGAUUUUCCAGUCGCAAUGCAGAUAUCCCACAAAUACAGUUUAAUCUAUGUAAUCACCAAGCUUGGGCUGCUGUUUGUUUACGAUCUAGAGACAGCAACUGCUGUAUACAGAAAUAGAAUCAGUCCAGACCCAAUUUUUUUAACCUCUGAAGCUUCAUCAAUGGGAGGGUUUUAUUCCAUCAACAGGCGAGGUCAGGUGUUACUGGCUACUGUAAAUGAAGCAACAAUAGUGCCAUUUGUCAGCGGUCAAUUGAACAAUUUGGAGCUUGCUGUCAAUCUUGCCAAAAGAGGAAACCUUCCUGGUGCAGAGAACCUGGUUGUCCAACGUUUUCAAGAAUUGUUUGCUCAGACAAAGUACAAAGAAGCUGCUGAGCUUGCUGCAGAGUCUCCACAAGGGAUCCUUCGCACGCCCGAUACAGUUGCCAAGUUUCAGAGUGUUCCUGUACAAGCUGGGCAGACUCCACCGCUGUUGCAGUACUUUGGUACACUUUUAACAAGAGGGAAGCUCAAUGCAUUUGAGUCUUUGGAAUUGUCUCGACUUGUUGUAAACCAAAACAAGAAGAAUCUUUUGGAAAAUUGGUUGGCUGAAGAUAAAUUAGAGUGUAGUGAGGAACUUGGAGAUCUUGUGAAGACUGUGGAUAAUGAUCUUGCAUUGAAAAUAUAUAUUAAAGCUAGGGCAACUCCAAAAGUUGUUGCAGCUUUUGCAGAAAGGAGGGAGUUUGACAAAAUCUUGAUUUACUCAAAGCAGGUUGGGUACACACCUGACUACUUGUUCCUUCUGCAAACAAUUCUUCGUACAGAUCCACAGGGAGCUGUUAAUUUUGCAUUGAUGAUGUCUCAAAUGGAGGGAGGUUGUCCAGUUGAUUACAAUACCAUUACUGAUCUUUUUCUUCAGAGGAACUUGAUCCGGGAGGCCACUGCAUUUCUUUUAGAUGUUUUGAAGCCAAAUCUGCCAGAGCAUGCUUUUCUACAAACAAAGGUCCUGGAAAUCAAUCUAGUAACAUUUCCAAACGUUGCUGAUGCCAUUUUGGCAAAUGGAAUGUUCAGUCACUAUGAUCGUCCACGAAUUGCACAACUUUGUGAGAAAGCUGGUCUCUAUGUGCGAGCUCUGCAGCAUUACACGGAGUUGCCAGAUAUUAAACGUGUCAUUGUGAAUACACAUGCUAUUGAGCCACAGGCGCUUGUUGAGUUUUUUGGUACUCUUUCACGAGAAUGGGCUUUGGAGUGCAUGAAGGACCUUUUGCUGGUUAAUCUAAGAGCCAACCUUCAAAUAAUCGUUCAGGUUGCCAAGGAGUAUUGUGAGCAGUUGGGUGUUGAUGCUUGCAUAAAACUUUUUGAGCAAUUUAAGUCAUACGAAGGGUUGUACUUUUUCCUGGGUUCUUAUUUGAGCUCAAGUGAGGACCCAGAUAUACACUUCAAGUACAUCGAGGCAGCUGCUAAAACUGGACAGAUAAAGGAGGUUGAGCGUGUGACCAGGGAAUCGAAUUUUUAUGAUGCUGAAAAGACAAAGAACUUCCUGAUGGAGGCCAAGCUUCCUGAUGCUAGGCCCCUGAUUAAUGUUUGUGAUCGAUUUGGGUUUGUUCCUGAUCUCACUCACUACCUCUACACAAACAACAUGCUCCGGUACAUUGAAGGUUAUGUUCAGAAGGUGAACCCUGGGAAUGCUCCUUUGGUAGUGGGCCAGUUGCUAGAUGAUGAAUGCCCCGAAGACUUUAUUAAGGGUCUCAUUCUCUCAGUCCGUUCUUUGCUUCCAGUUGAGCCCCUUGUGGAUGAAUGUGAGAAGAGAAAUCGACUUCGUUUACUUACACAGUUCUUGGAGCAUCUUGUAAGUGAAGGAAGCCAAGAUGUGCAUGUCCACAAUGCUCUGGGUAAAAUCAUCAUUGAUAGCAAUAACAAUCCAGAGCACUUCCUCACAACUAACCCUUACUAUGAUUCCCGGGUCGUGGGUAAGUACUGUGAGAAGCGUGAUCCCACCCUGGCAGUUGUGGCUUACCGAAGAGGACAAUGUGACGAUGAACUUAUCAAUGUCACAAAUAAAAACUCAUUGUUCAAAUUGCAAGCCAGGUAUGUUGUUGAGAGGAUGGAUGCUGAUCUUUGGGAGAAGGUUCUAAAUCCUGAAAAUGAAUAUAGAAGACAGCUAAUUGAUCAGGUUGUGUCGACUGCUUUGCCAGAAAGCAAGAGUCCAGAACAAGUUUCUGCAGCAGUUAAAGCUUUCAUGACUGCUGACCUGCCCCAUGAACUGAUUGAGCUUCUCGAGAAGAUUGUGCUCCAAAACUCUGCAUUCAGUGGGAACUUCAAUCUGCAAAAUCUACUUAUUUUGACAGCUAUUAAGGCAGAUCCAUCUAGAGUAAUGGAUUAUAUCAAUAGGCUAGAUAAUUUUGAUGGACCUGCUGUUGGAGAAGUGGCUGUGGAAGCACAACUAUACGAAGAAGCUUUUGCGAUUUUCAAAAAAUUCAACUUAAAUGUUCAGGCUGUGAAUGUUUUGUUGGAUAACAUUAGAAGCAUUGAUCGGGCUGUGGAAUUUGCAUUCCGAGUUGAAGAAGAUGCUGUUUGGAGUCAGGUGGCCAAGGCACAACUGAGGGAGGGGCUGGUGAGCGAUGCAAUUGAAUCGUUUAUUCGUGCAGAUGAUGCUACUCAAUUCCUUGACGUUAUCCAAGCUGCUGAGGAUGCUGAUGUCUACCCUGAUCUGGUGAGGUACCUUCUGAUGGUUAGGCAGAAGGUCAAGGAGCCAAAGGUGGACAGUGAACUCAUUUAUGCCUAUGCAAAGAUUGAUAGAUUGGGUGAAAUUGAAGAAUUCAUUCUCAUGCCAAAUGUGGCUAAUCUUCAAACUGUUGGUGAUCGCUUGUUUGACGAAGACCUAUAUGAAGCUGCAAAAAUAAUAUUUGCAUUUAUAUCUAACUGGGCCAAGUUGGCUGUUACACUGGUGAGGCUUAAACAAUUCCAGGGUGCUGUUGAUGCAGCACGAAAGGCAAACAGUGCCAAGACAUGGAAGGAGGUUUGCUUUGCUUGUGUUGAUGCAGAGGAAUUCCGAUUGGCACAGAUCUGUGGUCUUAACAUUAUUGUACAGGUGGAUGACUUGGAAGAAGUCAGUGAAUACUAUCAGAAUAGAGGAUGCUUCAAUGAGUUGAUCUCUCUCAUGGAGAGUGGUUUAGGAUUGGAACGUGCACACAUGGGGAUCUUUACUGAAUUGGGAGUGCUGUAUGCCAGAUAUCGUCCAGAGAAGCUUAUGGAGCACAUUAAAUUAUUCUCUACUCGUCUCAAUAUUCCCAAGCUAAUAAGAGCUUGUGAUGAGCAGCAGCACUGGAUGGAACUUACCUAUUUGUAUAUCCAAUAUGAUGAGUUUGAUAAUGCUGCAACUACUGUGAUGAACCACUCUCCUGAAGCAUGGGACCAUAUGCAGUUCAAAGAUAUUGCAGUCAAAGUUGCUAAUGUUGAGCUAUAUUACAAGGCUGUCCACUUCUACUUGCAAGAACAUCCUGAUCUAAUCAAUGACAUGCUGAACGUGCUUGCACUUCGUGUGGACCACACACGUGUUGUUGACAUUAUGAGAAAGGCUGGUCAUCUGCGUCUUGUGAAGCCAUACAUGGUUGCUGUUCAGAGCAACAAUGUCUCAGCAGUAAAUGAGGCGUUGAAUGAGAUUUAUGUGGAGGAAGAAGAUUAUGAUAGAUUGAGAGAAUCAAUUGACUUGCAUGAUAAUUUUGAUCAGAUUGGCCUUGCACAAAAGAUUGAGAAACAUGAGCUGCUUGAGAUGAGGCGUGUUGCCGCAUACAUUUACAAAAAGGCAGGCAGAUGGAAGCAGUCCAUUGCAUUGUCGAAGAAAGACAACCUUUACAAAGAUGCAAUGGAAACAGCUUCACAGUCUGGUGACCGCGAACUUGCCGAGGAGUUGCUUGUUUACUUCAUUGAACAGGGCAAGAAGGAAUGUUUCGCAUCAUGCCUCUUUGUUUGUUAUGACUUAAUCCGACCAGAUGUUGCUCUCGAGCUAGCGUGGAUGAACAAUAUGAUUGACUUUGCAUUCCCAUAUCUGUUACAGUUUAUCCGUGAAUAUACUGGCAAAGUUGACGAACUUAUCAAGGACAAGAUUGAGGCUCAAAUUGAAGUAAAGGCUAAAGAGCAGGAAGAGAAGGAGGUGAUUGCACAACAGAACAUGUAUGCUCAGUUACUACCUCUUGCCUUGCCUGCACCACCAAUGCCAGGUAUGGGAGGAUCAACAAUGGGAGGAGUGGGGAUGCCACCACCACCCAUGGGAGGAAUGGGGAUGCCUCCAAUGCCACCUUUUGGGAUGCCGCCAAUGGGCAGCUAUUAA